AUGGCCGGCGUUCUCGUUGAUACGCCUCUGGGGGCUGCUCCCUCACUACCAAAGACCGCUCUCAACGAUGCGAUUCCAGAUAUCGACCCGCUUGAGGGCUCGACGAACGAUGACGAAGACGGAUAUUCUAUCUUGAAGCGAUACCAGAGACAUCUAGAGUACAUACAGCUACAGGAAGAAUAUAUCAAGGAUGAGCAGAGGAGUCUUAAGCGAGAGCUCGUCCGGGCCCAGGAGGAGAUCAAACGUAUCCAGAGUGUACCUUUGGUCAUUGGCCAGUUCAUGGAGGCUAUCGAUCAGAAUACCGGUAUUGUCCAGUCGUCAACAGGCUCCAACUAUGUCGUCCGUAUCCUUUCGACCCUCGACCGCGAGAAGCUGAAGCCGUCCUCCUCCGUUGCUCUCCACCGGCACUCCAACUCCCUGGUGGACAUUCUCCCUCCAGAGGCAGACUCGUCCAUUGCCAUGCUUGGAGCAAACGAGAAGCCAGACGUAACGUAUGCGGACGUCGGAGGUCUGGACAUGCAGAAGCAGGAAAUCAGGGAGGCUGUCGAGCUACCACUUACUCAUUUCGACCUCUACAAGCAAAUCGGUAUCGAUCCACCUCGUGGUGUGCUGCUAUACGGGCCCCCAGGUACCGGCAAGACCAUGUUGGUCAAAGCAGUUGCCAAUAGUACAACGGCCAACUUCAUCCGAGUAGUAGGAUCCGAGUUUGUACAGAAAUACCUAGGCGAGGGCCCUCGCAUGGUUCGUGACGUUUUCCGAAUGGCCCGCGAGAACUCGCCAGCCAUCAUCUUCAUUGACGAGAUUGACGCUAUUGCCACGAAACGUUUCGACGCCCAGACAGGUGCAGACAGAGAAGUCCAGCGUAUCCUUCUCGAGCUGCUCAACCAGAUGGAUGGAUUCGACCAGACCAGCAACGUCAAGGUCAUCAUGGCCACAAACCGAGCGGACACCCUUGAUCCGGCUUUGCUCCGUCCUGGCCGACUUGACCGUAAGAUCGAGUUCCCGUCACUGCGGGAUCGACGAGAACGACGCUUGAUCUUUUCUACUAUUGCCGGCAAGAUGUCCCUGUCGCCGGAGGUCGACCUUGACUCGCUUAUCGUCCGCAACGACCCACUCUCCGGAGCCGUCAUCGCAGCCAUCAUGCAGGAGGCUGGGCUGCGUGCUGUGCGUAAGAACAGAUACAACAUCAUCCAGUCUGACCUUGAGGAUGCUUACUCUAGCCAAGUCAAGGGCGGACAGGACUCUGACAAGUAUGUGUCCCCUCCCCUACUACCCUCUGUCUAUUUCCAAUCCAACCAGGCUAACGCAUUCCUUCUUUCGCUUCAACAGGUUCGACUUCUACCGCUAAACUGA